AUGACAGCUACCGCGCAGUCGAUCCGGCGGGCCGCCGACAUCUACCCUCGCGAUGAGAAGAGGAAGAAGCUCCGGGUCGCCAUCAUCACUGAGAACUUCCUGCCCAAGGUCGAUGGCGUCACCCGGACGCUGGCGCGCCUGCUCGAGCAUCUCAACGCCGAGGGACACGAAGCCAUGGUGCUGGGGCCGGAGACUGGGCUCACCUCGUACGCGGGCCACCCCGUCGUGGGCACCUUUGGCGUCCCCUUGAUCGUCUACCCUGGUCUCAAGCUCAACUUCAUGCGGCCCAGGUUCGUUCGGAGGCUGCAGCAGUUCAAGCCGGACGUCAUCCACUUUGUCGAUCCCAUCUGGCUGGGCGCCCAGAUGCUGCCCGUGGUGCAAAAGUGGCUACCCGAGGUGCCGUGCGUCUCGUCGUACCACACCAACCUGCCAACCUACGCCACCCUCUUCGGCAUCCCCUGGCUCGAAAACUCCAUGUGGCGCCUCACUCGCAGCCUGCACGAUCGCUGCGAGAUGGUCUUCUGCCCCAGCGAGAGCACUCGUAGGAUGCUGCAGGGCAAGGGCUUCUCGAAUGUCGAGAUCUGGAGUCGCGGCGUCGACACCGAGCUCUUCAACCCUCAGGCUCGUGACGAGAACCUGCGCGAGAGUUGGGGCUGCACGCCCAAGCCGGCGUCGCUGACCCAGCCGCUGAGUCCCAGCGUGUCGGCGGCGGACGUGGCUGCUGGCAGCCCCUACGACGAGGCUGCCUUGGCUCAGCUGGCGAGCAAGCUGGGCGUCAAUGUGGUCCGAAGCCGGAGCUUCCGGCGCGGUGCGGGCCCAACUUCCGCAGGUGGGUCGCGCCGCGCUUCGUUGCUCGACGACGAGAGCUUCAUCCGCACCCCUCCCACUGGCCCAAUAGGAUCGCCCGAGCUCAGCCCUCCGCCGAGCUACGACAGCCUCGCAGGCAUCCCCGAUCUGCCCGCUGCAGGCUUCUCGCUGCCGCCCGCCAUGGCAACGAGCUCGAUCAACAACAGCUCCUCGGCCGCCGGACGCAUCGAGGUCGAGCCAAAGGACAGCAAGACGGUGAUCCUCUACGUGGGCCGCAUCAGCUGGGAGAAGAACCUUCGCCUCCUCAUCGAGGCCUUCCGACUGCUCCCCGCCGGUGUGCGCGCCAACGCCAAGCUCGUCUUCGUCGGCGACGGCCCGGCCCGCGGCGACCUGACGCGCCUCUGCAGCAAGCUUAGUCUGGACGCCUCGUUCAUGGGCCACCAGAAGGGCAAGCGGCUGGCGGCCAUGUAUGCCAGUGCCAGCGUGUUUGCCUUCCCGUCGUUCACCGAGACGUUUGGCCAAGUCGUCCUCGAGGCGUUGGCUUCGGGCCUGCCCGUCGUCGGCAUGCACGCCGAGGGGACCAGCAACCUCGUUUGCCACGGCAAGACGGGCCUGCUGCUCGACAUCUGCGCCGUUGCCAAGGGCUCGACUUCGGGUGCUGCCGAUAGCCGUCCGCCGACGCCCGGUGCCAAGUCGCUUUCCCCGCUCAGCUCUUCGGCCUCGGCCGUGGCAAUCAACGAAUUCGCCUCGGCCGCAUCCUCGGUCGCCUCGAGCAUGCGUCCGAUGAUGCCCGAGCGACGGUCCACGGGCGCAGGCGACGAGACUGGCAAGCCUUCCAGGCCGACCGCAAAGGUGGCCGGCGGAGAGCAGAUGGCCAAUGGCCUGCCGACGCCGAUCCCGAGCGUCGUCGACUUUGCGGCCGCCAUGACGCCACACUCUGCGUGGUUCGCGCAGUGCUCAAAGGCCUACAGCAUGCUCCUCGAGCGUCUGAUCCUCGACCGACAGGCGCGCGCCGUCAUGGGCCAGCGGGCGGUCAAGUACGCCUCGCAAAAGACGUGGUGGGACGCCAUGGACGCUCCCGUCCGCGGCUACGAGGCCGUAAUCGCCCGCGUCGGCCGCGACAACCUCGACGCCGACGAGCUCGAGGCAUGGCGGGCGCGGCAGAGGCGGCGCGCCCCGCUGACCGGGCCCGUGGUCAAGCUGCUCGUCGUGCUCUACGUCGUCGUCUUUGCCUGGCUCCUCCAGCGCCUCAUGGCCUGA